ACUGGAACGUUUCGGGAAGCUAUAUGGGCUGGUGAUGGGCCUGUCGGCCUUGGUGUCACUCCUCCAGUACCCCUGCUUCGCACUCAUCAAGGGACCGCUCAGCGAUGACCCCUUCUAUGUGAACACUGGCCUCAUCAUCGUCAUCCUCCUGGCCUUCCUCAGUCCGCUGGUGGUGCUGCGGGAGUACCAGCGCCGGGAGAGGGAGCAGGAAAAGCAACAUGUUGACUCACCCCCCCUGGCCAAGGCCGGUGUGGAGUCCUCCAUCUGACCCCCCACCCCCAGCCAGGAUCUUCAGGGGCUGUUCCCCCCCCAAAAGGGAAUGAGGAAAGGGAAUUAGGAGUGCAGGCUGAGCCCCAGCCAAUCCCCAGCUGUGUCCCUCCAGCCCAGCAUUGUCACCAUCAGCUCCAGCCAGGCAGGCACUCCUCUUCAGCAGCAGGGUGGUGGGUCACGCUGGGGUAUUUUUACAAAUACUUGAUUUUCUAGGUUUUUGUAUAGCC